GAACCUCCAGCGAAUCCUAUCAAUUCCAUAGAGGUGGUGACAGGAACUAUUUCUUCGAUCCAGGUACCACAACUUGCAGCGACAACUUCUGGGAUAGAUAUCGUCAUGGUGAUCGAAGAGGCUCCCUCAUCCAACGUAGAAAUUGGUGGAACCCCUCCCAGAAACCUAAUUCAUCCUCCAUUGCAAAUGAUCGAAUUUUGGACAGGUCAGCCCCUCGAGAGGUGUUACACAGGGAAGGUUUGCUUCUGUUCCGACCUACUAAUCACCUGACAAAGAACUUGCAAGCAUCAUUCAUUUUGGGAUGCUGAGAUGGAUUAAAUUUUGCUCACUCAGCUGCCACGUAACCGGAAGGCUAAUAGAUCUGUAACUUCUCUUCAUCGGCCCAGGCUUCUCGCGACUUAUCGACACUCUUCCUCGGCCCAGGCUUCUCGCGACUUAUCGACAUGUUUCUUCUUCCAGAACUCCUCAAUUUCACUUCAAUUCCAUCCGUUUUUGCAGGCGAGACGUCGGAGGCAGCGUGGUAUCGGGAGUUAAUGUUGUUUCUAUGUAACCCUAGGUGCGUUUAUUACCUCUACUUUAUUCCAAAUGAUUCAGCUUCUCUGUGUUUGGAUCUUUGUGUAUAUAUAUACGUCUUAUUGAAUAAUUGAAAUCGACGUACCGGGUGUUAGUUGUGUUCUUUUUUAUAAUUUUUGGAGCCAUGGUAUCUUCACUGCUAAAGAUGGUAGAAGAAUGCAUCCCUAUUGAGAAAUUGACGCUGGAAUCCAAGAACAGUGCGAUUACAGCACGGGUGUCGCGCCUGUGGGAUUCUUACAGAUUUCACGAUGAAAAAGACCUACUAAGUACAGAUAUGGUGCUCAUUGAUAAACAGGGCUCAUAUAUCCAUGCCUCCAUCAAGGGGAGUAUUUCGCAUUUGUUCAAAAAACGUAUUGCUGAAGGAAGUGUUUACUAUAUUAAGAAUUUCAAUGUUGUUCCCAAUAAGGCCCAGUAUCGUGUUGUUGGAGACAACAAGCUCAUGAUUCAACUUUAUCCAACUACAGUCGUUAGAUCUCUUUCAGAGGACUCCCUGGGAAUACCAACAUUUGCAAUACCAAAUCAUCGGUUUUAUUUACUUGAUUUUGAUAAGGUGGAGUCUAGAAUGGGAGAAACAUACAUUUUAACUGAUGUGGUGGGCCAAGUAUGUUGCGAGGGAGAGGUUAUAAAUAAGAAUUGCCGUGGAAACAGCGUUCCUUCCUUGAUGCUUGAAUUACAUGAUCUAAGAGCUGAAAAAGUGCGGGUUACACUAUGGGGUGAGAGUGUUGAUAACUACAUGAGACAAAAAUCAAUGCUUGAAAAUGGAAUCAUUGUUGGAGUUUUCACGUCAACCUUGGUCAAGCGAUACAUGAACAAUGCUGUUUUGUCAUCAACUUCAGCUACAAAGAUUUAUUUAGACCUUGACAUUGAUGAGGUUAUUGCCUUAAAAAAGAAAAGCAGUUCUUCGGCAAGGGAACAUAUAAUCCAACCGCUUAUCAUCGAGCAACAAGAAGAACUGGAUUGAAAUGCUGUUUUAAGCAAAUUGAAAACCAUUGGCGAGGUUUUAGCAAUUACAAAGACAGAUUUUAAAGAUGGCACUCUACUAUUUUGUGUUGCUACAAUAUAUGACAUCCACAACAACAAUGGAUGGUACUACAACUCAUGUGGCUGCAAGGGAAUAAUUAAGGCGUAUGGACAAAAUUUUUGGUGCAACAAGUGCAAUAAGACAGUGAAUGAUGCCAUUCCAAGAUUUCGAAUUGAAUUAGGAGUCAAGGAUGCCACAGAUUGUACGAAGUUCAUUGUGUUUGAUGAUGUUGCUGAGAAGAUGAUAGGACAAUCUGCCCCUAGCAUAUAUGAUAUGCAAGAGAAACUGGAGGAGAAUGAAGAUUCGGUGGGCGAAGUACCUGCUAUUAUUGCAAACCUUAUUGGGCAACGAUUGUUUUUCCGUGUCAAGCUAACCGAAUACAACAAGACUGCAUAUAGACAGAGUUUCACGGAAAAUAAGGUUUUCGAGGAAUCAAUUUUGGAACCACCAAGGAAUGAAGAGCUGAAUUCACCAACGGUGCAGCUGGCGCUCUGUGAUGAUGGACCAAGUAAAAGAAGACGUUCAAGUGAGGAUUUUACUCAACGUGAGGGGAAAGCACAACAAGAAUGAGAAGCUAAAUAUGGCACAACUUCCACUGCUGCUUUUGGUCUUCAUAUUUAUAUUACUGCAAAUAAAGGAGUAGUUUCCCACAAAGAAGUGAAUCUCCUAUAGUAUACGUUACUGUGUUUUGCCUCAUGUUGUUUUUUACAUUUUCCUGAGACUACAUUGGAAACUUAUGUUCUCUCUUCAUUAUUUAAUAAAAGUCAGAGUUUACU